AUGGCGUCGAACUACUACGCUGCUCAGAUAAAGCAAUGCAUUGGCUCCGGAGGUAGAAACCAGAGCCGCCUCUUGAAGACGAUCCACGGCCACAUUAUCAAAACCCUCCCCUAUCCAGAUACGUUUUUGCUUAACAACAUCGUCCAUGGAUACGCUUCAAUCAGAAACUCCACUUAUGCUCGCAAAGUGUUCGACGGAACUCCCCAACCAAACCUCUUCUCCUGGAACAAUCUUCUCAUGGCUUAUUCAAAAUCUGGGCAUCUCUCGGAGAUGGAGCGCAUCUUUAAGAGGCUUCCAAGUCGUGAUGAUGUCACUUGGAACUUGCUUAUUUCCGGCUACUCAUUGAGUGGUUUGGUGGGUGCAGCCGUCAAGGCUUUUAAUACGAUGAUGAAAGAUGGUUCUGUUAAUUUGACUAGGGUUACUUUGAUGACAAUGCUGCAACUUUCUUCCACCAAUGGACAUGUUAGUCUUGGUAGGCAGAUUCAUGGGCAUAUUAUCAAACGAGGGUUUGAGUCUUAUCUUAAAGUACGGAGUCCACUGUUGGAUAUGUAUGCAAAACUUGGUCUCAUCUCUGAGGCAAAGAAAGUUUUUUUCGGUCUAGAGUACAGAAAUACGGUUAUGUGCAAUUCGCUGAUGGGGGGACUUCUAGCAUGUGGAAUGAUCAAAGAUGCACAGCACUUGUUUCGAGGAAUGGAGAAAGAUUCGGUUUCUUGGACAGCGAUGAUACAAGGACUUGCUCGAAAUGGACUGGAAAAGGAGGCUAUUCAACUUUUCAGGGAGAUGAAAAUGGAAGGCUUGACGAUGGAUCAGUAUACAUUCGGAAGUGUACUACCUGCUUGUGGGGAAUUAGGAGCCAUAAACGAAGGGAAACAAAUUCAUGCUUCUAUAAUCAGGACCAAUCUUCAGGAUAACAUAUACGUAGACAGUGCUCUCGUUGACAUGUAUUGCAAGUGUAAGUGUACACACUAUGCAAAGACUGUUUUUGAUAGAACGAAGCAGAAGAAUGUCGUGUCUUGGACAGCAAUGGUUGUGGGUUAUGGCCAGACCGGGCGUGCUGAAGAGGCUGUUAAAGUUUUCCUUGACAUGCAAAGAAGUGGAAUUGACCCAGAUCAUUAUACUCUGGGACACGCGAUCAGUGCGUGUGCCAACAUAGCUAGCUUAGAAGAGGGCUCCCAGUUUCAUGGAAAAGCUAUAAUUUCUGGCCUAAUACAUUAUAUCACUGUUUCAAAUUCAUUGGUGACUUUGUAUGGAAAAUGUGGAAAUAUCAAUGAUUCUACUAGGCUGUUCAACGAGAUGAAUGUCAAGGAUGAAAUCUCUUGGACUGCAAUGGUUUCCGCGUAUGCCCAAUUUGGGAGGGCCAUCGAGGCUAUUUGUUUGUUUGACAAAAUGGUACAACAUGGACUAAAACCUGAUGGAGUGACUUUUACCGGUGUUAUUUCAGCUUGUAGUAGGGCAGGAUUAGUGGAGAAAGGACAGAGAUAUUUUGAGUUAAUGAUUAAUGAAUAUGGAAUAGUACCGAGUAAUGGACAUUAUUCUUGCAUGAUCGAUCUCCUCAGUCGAUCUGGAAGGUUAGAGGAAGCCAGGAGUUUCAUAAAUGGGAUGCCAUUUCCCCCAGAUGCUAUUGGUUGGACCACUUUACUCAGCGCGUGUAGAAAUAAAGGUAAUUUGGAAAUGGGUAAAUGGGCGGCUGAAUCACUUAUAAAACUAGAUCCCCAUCACCCUGCUGGCUAUACCUUACUAUCAAGCAUAUAUGCUUCAAAAGGGGAAUGGGAAUGUGUGGCUCAGUUAAAGCGAGGAAUGCAGGAGAAACAAGUGAAAAAAGAACCAGGACAGAGCUGGAUCAAAUGGAAAGGAAAAUUGCACAGUUUUUUAGCGGAUGACGAGUCAAGUCCAUAUUUAGAUCAGAUAUACGCUAAGCUUGAGGAAUUGAACAAAAAAAUCAUAGAUAAUGGUUACAAGCCGGAUACUAGUUUUGUUCAUCAUGAUGUCGAGGAAGCAGUUAAAAUAAAGAUGCUUAACUGUCACAGUGAAAGACUUGCAAUUGCUUUUGGAUUGAUAUUUGUACCCUCAGGCCUACCUAUUAGAGUAGGAAAAAAUCUUAGAGUGUGUGUGGAUUGCCACAUUGCCACUAAACAUAUCUCCAGCGUCACUGGUAGAGAGAUCAUUGUUAGAGAUGCUGUUAGGUUUCACCGUUUCAAAGAUGGAACUUGCUCAUGUGGAGACUUCUGGUAG